CAAUUAUGAAAUUGGAUGUGGUCAAAAACUGUGACGACUGCUCCAGCUGCGAAGAUGUUGCUACGCAAUAUUCCUUUUUUGAAGCUGUGCGGCGCUGCUGGUGGUAUGACUGCAGGGAUCUCGUUUUCAAUGUUUCAUUUCUCAACGUCAGCUGCUUCAAGAUCAUCGGACUAUGUUCCCAAAGUGUACUUUGAUAUAGCGGCUAAUGAUAAGCCGCUCGGUCGCAUUAUCAUAGAGCUACGCAACGACGUGGUGCCCAAGACAGCCGAAAACUUCCGCCAGCUCUGCACGGGCGAGCAAGGCUUCGGUUAUAAAGGAUCCAUCUUUCACCGCAUUAUUCCCGAUUUUAUGUGUCAAGGUGGGGAUUUUACUCGAGGUAAUGGUACUGGAGGCAAGAGUAUCUAUGGUGAAAAAUUUCCUGAUGAGAAUUUUAAGCUGCGACACGAUAGGCCUGGCUUGUUGUCCAUGGCUAAUGCUGGACCUAACACGAACGGAUCCCAAUUUUUCAUUACAACUGUACCAUGUGAUUGGUUGAAUAACAAGCAUGUUGUCUUUGGACGAGUUCUUGAAGGAAUGGAGGUUGUCAAGGCUAUGGAAAAACUAGGAUCUCGAUCUGGGAAGCCCUCGCAGAAAGUUAUCAUCACUGAUUGCAAUGAAUUAAAGGAGGAAUGAAAGAUUUUCAAUUCGCGUUAUUUUGUACUUUGAUUUUUACUAAUAAUCAGUCGUAUGAGAGUAUGCAAUGCCUUAAAAAUCCAGCAUAAAAGUAAGUUAUUCCAUCGGUUGCCCUGUAAAUUAUAAUAGGAAGUUCAUGUGUAGUAUAUAAAAUAUUAUCUAUUUGCUCUAACUGCAUUUGAAAAUAUUCACUUAAAUUUUAUGCUGCUGUUAGCCGAGUCAUCGUCACUUCAGUGUUGUAAAAUCUUCAUUAAUAAACACGACUGUUUCA